CGUUUAGCAGUGUGAUGGCUAGCAUUGUCUUGUUUGCUACAUGGUAUGCUUAUUGUACUUUGUUUACUGCAUUGCUAUGGAUGUUUAAAGGGGUAACAAAGGAAAAAUUACGAGUUAUGUUUAUUUAAUUUAUGAAUUCAUUCAUAAUUCAUGAAUUAUUUUAAUCAAAUUUCUAUAAUGACAGAUCAUACUUGAAAUCAGGAUAACAAAUGCAUUUCAAGGGCAUAAGAGCGAUUUCUAGAUCACUUCAAAAAAAUGAAACAUCAAAAAGUGAUAUAUUCAAAUCAUCAUUAACUAGAAUAGAUGAAACUAAGCAUCUCAAUGCUUUCAUCACAGUUACAAGAAAGGCUGGUAACAAUGAGGUCACCAAUCAAAAAAAUCACAUACUGACCGGAACUACAUUCUCACUGAAGGAUAAUUAUUCUUCCGAAGGUAUACUAACGACAUGUGGAUCUAAAAUGUUGGCAAAUUAUAAACCAACAUACAAUGCUACUGUACUUAAUAAAUUAUUAAACCAUGGCUCACAACUCAUUGGAAAAAACAACAUGGAUGAAUUUGCCAUGGGGUCGGGAUCUAUAGAAUCUAUCUACGGACCUGUGAAAAAUCCUUGGUCACCUGACGUACUAUUGAAUCCGUCUAGCAAAGAUUGGAGAGUUGCUGGGGGCAGUUCAGGUGGGGGUGCUGUGGCAGUUGCAACUGGAUGUUGUCAUUUUGCUCUGGGAUCGGACACCGGCGGUUCUGUGAGAAAUCCAGCUUCUUAUUGUGGAGUUGUUGGUUUAAAACCUACUUAUGGAAUAAUAUCUCGUCAUGGUUUAAUUCCUCUUGUUAAUUCAAUGGAUUGUCCUUCCAUUUUUGCAAGAUCAGUAGAGGAUGCUGCUAUUGUUUUAGAUGCAUUAAAAGGGAGAGAUAUCAUGGACUCCACUUCAAUAGAAAGCAAGAAAUUGAAAAUAUGCUUAAAUGAAAAUUAUGAUAUUUCUGUCAAAGGAUUAAAAGUUGGUAUACCAAAGGAAUGCCUAGUUCAUGGCAUGUCUCAGGAGGUUGUUGAUACGUGGCGAUGGGCAGCGGACCAGUUUGGAAAUGCUGGUGCUGAAGUAACACUUGUGAGCUUGCCUCAUAUGAAAUAUUCAAUAAUUUGCUAUCAUAUACUCUGUAAUGUGGAAGUUGCCUCAAAUAUGGCAAGAUUUGAUGGUCUUAAGUAUGGACAUAGGUCGUCUAUAAAUGAAUCUACGUAUGCAAUGUACGCAGUUUCUCGGAGAGAGGGAUUCAAUGAUACUGUGCGAAGUAGAAUUCUUAGUGGAAAUUAUUUUCUUUUAAAAGAUAAUAUAGAAAAGUAUUUUUAUAAAGCGCAAAAAGUGCGGAGACUUAUAUUAAAAGAUUACCAGAAAGUUUUUGGAGCACAUAACUUGUAUACGAGUUGUGAUAGUGAUGAUUCUAAUUCAUCUGGUAUUUGCGAUGUUCUCCUUGCCCCCACUGUAAUUUCUGAUGCGCCAUUAUACUCUGAAUUUAUAACGGAGGACAAUAGGACGCGAUCGGCUGAGCAAGAUGUAUUAACUCAAGCUGCAAAUAUCGCUGGUGUUCCUGCCAUCAAUAUACCCACUCGAUUAUCUAAAAAUAAUAUGCCCAUUGGACUACAAAUUACUGGUAGCCACUUGAGUGAGCCAAAAAUUUUGAAAGCCGCUGCUUUUCUUGAGAAAGUAGCACAGUUCCCUAAUUUGGAACAACAUUUUACAACACAACUUGACUCUUCCAAUGCUAGUAAACCUAUUUUACAACAGAUGUCUUGAAGUGUUCCCUUUAAUAUAUUUGUUUCAAAGCAGUUUCUGAUUUGUCAUUAGUAAUAUCAUGGAAAGUGUGUUCGUUGGGAGUAGAGUGGUCUUGAAAAUUAAUUGAGAUGGGGUGAUAACGUGAUAUUGUCGAAACUUGUGUCUGGAGUAUUCUUUGGCAACCUAUGGUAUUUUCUAUUUCUGAGAGCCUUUUAUUACUAUCAAUGCAUUGAAGUUGACUAUUUAUAAUAAUAUUGUGUUAUUGACCAAUUUAAAAUUGUUUUCUACCUAUUUAAAAUAAUGAGGUUUAAAACAAAUUAUUCGAUUAAUUGCAAGUAUUCGAAAAAGCUCAUUUUUAAUUACCGUACCUACUUGCAACUGAAAAUAAGGGCCAUUUAGUAAGGUUCUCAUCGACGAAUAUUGAUAUUAACUUGUCAUAGUCAAUUUUAUUUUUUCCAUCCCGCAAAAAAUUGAGGCUCUUGUGCCGAUGUGAUAUUACCAAUGGUAUUACUAUUUCUAAAUUUUGACACUGAUUUAUUAACAAAAUUGCCAAUAAGCAAUUGCGGUAAAAUUUGGAUAGGGUGUCUCUUCUGUUUUUUGUUUUUUGCACACAAGAAGGAUUGAGAAUGUGGGCUGAAAGAGAGUAAUAGAUCUUUGAGUCUGACAGUUUGGUAACAGAAAAAAGGUUGGAAACCACUGUUCCAAACUAUUAGUCCUUUUUGUUGACGAGGUUUUUUUUGUAAUUGUAAUUGACUUAUUAAGUUUUUUGUAAUUGACUUUUUGCGUUAUGCGGUUUAUGAAAAUAUUGUUAAAAGUUCGAGUUUAUCGCA